ACAAGCUGAAAAAAAUAAAUGAAUUAUUCAACAACAACAAAAUGUUUCAUAAAGUAAAAGUAAGAAAAAUCAAAUCAAAUAAUUGUCCCGCGAUCUCUAACUCUAAUGACGAGAUCAGCUGUGCCUUUGUGUGUUAAGUAGGCCUUAUUUAAACGUCAUUUCCAGCGUUUAUUGCAGCUGUCAUGGUGUGUAUUGGAGAAGGCUACACUGACAGCAAGUGCUGGGUGACUCCCAACUCAAGCUCAAGCUCAAGCUCAAGCCAUUGUUAGCCAGGCAAGUGAGAGUGUGAGGAUUGGAUGCAUGAAUGUGAGAGGAUGGGGUGUGGGUAAGUUUGAGGAUAUUUCCAGGGAGCUCCAGGAAUGGAAGUUUGACAUAGUCGGGCUUACAGAGACGCACCUAAGAGGUGAGGUGCAAAUGGAAGGAUGUGAGUUUGCUAUGAUUGGGAAGGGACGUAAGACUCAGGAGACACAGGGAGGAGGCGUAGCCUUUCUCUAUAGGAAAGAAAGUGGAUUGAAAGUAGAGGAGCUUGGUGUGGGAACGUGUGAGAGCAGUGAGGAUGUGUUGGCAGUGAGAGUGGAGUGCACAGAUGGUCAGGGCAGAGUGGAGAAGAUGGUUCUGGUGGUGGUGUACAUGACUGUCAUGGGUGAAAGAGCUGAGAGGGAGAACAGGAGGAAGUAUGACAUAUUGAAGAGAGUUGUGAGAGAACAUGGAGGGGAGAGAGUGCUGGUGAUGGGUGAUAUGAAUGCACAUGUAGGAAUCCUGGGAGAACGUGUGAACAGGAAUGGUGAGAUGCUUGGGAAUUUUGUGGAUGAAAUGGAGUUAGAGAAUCUGAAUGUAACUUUGGCUGAGGGACGUGUGACUUGGAGUACAAGGGAGCAGGAGUCAGCGAUAGACUAUGUGUUGGUGAAUGGAAGAAUGCGUGAAAUUGUGUCACACGUGGAUAGAUGAGGAUGGUAUGGUGGAUACUGUGUCUGAUCACAAUAUGCUGGUUGUGGAGUGCCUGUUGCAUGGUAGGAAAGAAGUGAAAGUGGUCAGUAAGAAGAGAAAGUGAAAACUGAGAGAUGUAGGGUGGGAAAACUUUCAGGUGGACCUGAGUGCAAGAAGCUGGGAUGAUGGAGGUGUACAUGAUAUGGAGCACGUGAACGAGAGACUGGUAGAGGAUGUGCGGAGUGCUGCAGAGAGCAAGAUAGGGUAUGUGAGAGUAGAAAGAAGAAAGAAAGUACAUAAACUAUGGUGGAAUGAUGAAAUCAGAGAGGCUACAAAGGAGCGAAAGAGAAGGAGUAGACAAUGUAGGUGGCUGAGGAAAAAGAGGUAUGAAAGUGAUGAGGCAGAGAAUGAGUACCAGAAUGCAUGAAAAUGUAUGUAAAGCAGCAGAGAGUGACAAAGCGAAUGAUAGUGAAGGCCAAAGUAAAGUGUGAAAGGAGUGUGAUUGAAUCUUUAAGAGAGAAAGGCAUGGAAGGUGGUCGUGAAUGGUACAAGUUCUUGAGAGGUGAGAAUAUGGCAGACAGUGUUGGAGUGGAGAGUUUGAAGUU